UCUCCAGCCGGAGCCGCUAACAAAAGAAGGAACAACGCACAUCCACAUUCAACUUCACAAAGAAACUUUUUAAAACCCUAAAAACAAAAUUAGGGUUUUAUACUGCACUCUGUAACUUCAAAUUUGGGGUUUUGGGUCCAAUUUUUGAGCUAAUUGCAAAUGGAGGCUGCAGUUGUUGAUACUGGCUCGAAGCUUCUCAAAGCUGGACCUGCCAUUCCAGAUCAAGCUCCUUCAAUGAUAAUUCCUACUCAAAUGAAGCGCAUGCUUGAAGAUGGUUCUUCUGGUGAUAAUAAUAAUUCGUUAGCAGAAGAUGUAACUGUGGAUCCUGUUGUGAGAGGUUUUGUUAGAGAUUGGGAUGCCAUGGAGGAUUUGUUGAACCAUGUUCUCUACACUGGUCUUGGAUGGGAAGUGGGCAACGAAGGACAAAUUUUAUUCACUGAUCCACUUUGUACUCCCAAGACUGUAAGAGAACAACUAGUGCAGCUUAUGUUCGAAACAUUUAAUAUCACGGGGUUUUAUGCUUCAGAACAAGCAGUACUGUCCCUUUAUGCUGUUGGACGUAUCUCUGGAUGUACUGUUGACAUUGGCCAUGGGAAAAUUGAUAUUGCUCCAGUAAUUGAAGGUGCAGUUCAGCACAUUGCCUCCAGAAGAUUUGAGGUUGGAGGUGCUGAUUUGACUAAGUUACUUGCUCAAGAACUAGGUAAAUCUAAUCCUUUGGUGAACCUCAGCAUAUCUGAUAUCGAAAAAUUGAAAGAGCAAUACUCUUGCUGCGCUGAAGAUGAACUUGCUUAUGAGAAAACCAAGCAAUCAUGUGAGAUAGAGCAGCAUACUCUACCUGAUGGACAGGUGAUAAGAAUUGGAAGAGAAAAAUAUACUGUUGGUGAGGCUCUAUUCCAACCAUCUAUAUUGGGUUUAGAGGCCCAUGGAAUUGUUGAGCAGCUUGUUCGUAGUAUUUCAACAGUUUCUUCUGAGAACCAUCGGCAGUUGUUGGAAAACACGGUUCUAUGUGGAGGCACUACUUCUAUGACUGGUUUCGAAGAUAGGUUCCAGAAAGAAUCUGGUUUGUGUUCAUCAGCUAUUCGUCCUGCAUUAGUGAAGCCACCAGAAUAUAUGCCAGAGAAUUUGGCACUGUAUUCAGCCUGGGUUGGAGGUGCAAUACUCGCUAAAGUUGUGUUCCCCCAAAAUCAGCAUAUAACUAAGGCAGACUAUGAUGAAACUGGACCUUCUGUUGUUCACCGGAAAUGCUUCUGAUAAUUCUCAGUUGAGUGAAUUCUUAAUGUUUCUCUGAUGGCGCCUAGUUGUAUUAUAGUAAGUAGAUGCUAUUUUAGUUGAGACUGUAACAUGAUAAUUCUCACUGCAGAAUGAAAGAUAUUCACUAAUUGAGCUAUCAUUGUAUCAACUCAUAUUACUUAAUUUAAAGGGUCGGUGAUUUGUAUCUUUGCACACGGAAUGAAUCAAAUGAUCCAGUCAAAGUCAUUGUAUAAAUCAUGAUUGUGCUCAAUAUU